CCUUGAGGUAAAUUUGACUCUUAAAUUUUAUAAAUUAAUUAAUUGGUGAUUACAGGACGAAUAAAAAAGCAAUUGCUGUCAGUUAAAGCAAGCUAAAUUAAGAGACCAGAACUUUACAGUGUCAGUGAGUACAAAUUAUAAGAAGAAAGCAAAGAAAAGUGAAUAAUACUGAAAAUUAAACCUUUUGGAUCUCUUCAAAAAAUUAAAUGUCUCACAAUUUUUGUGGCAGAUAUUUAACAACUCAGGAUGAUGAUUUUGUAUUGAAAGUCGAUAGAGAUAUUCGGAAUUACUUUACAAAUUGUACAAAAAACAGUAUCUUACUUUUCCCACCUGUCAAUAGUUACUACAGAUUUUUAAUUCACAAAGUCUGCAAUUCUCUAGCCAAUGAAUUGAUAAAUUGUGGCCUAACAACAUUUUCAAUCGGAAUUAAGGACUACAGACAAACUGUUGUGUGCCAUAUUAAUCAAUUGCUUAUUUAUCCAAAUUCAUCCCACAAAAGCACAGAAGAAACAGAGUUUAAUUGGCUUUACGUAGCGAGAAAUUCCGUGCCAAAAUAUUCAGCAAACGACAAGCAUCGCAAUCAUAGUAUGGGAAUAGAGAACGUUGAUGCAAUAGUAUCGCAUCAAACAAUUGAAGAAAGAGACAGUUCAUGCUACAAAUCUGAUAAAAUUUCAUUGUCAGACGAUUCAAAAAAACAUUCGCGAACGAGACGUCCAGAACGAGCAUUUUAUGUUCCACGAGCAAAACGAAGUCAAACAACUCCACCGACAAGCAGCACAUCAGUAAAAUCUCAUACAAAAAAGUCUGAAAAGUCGAAAUCAAUUGACGAGACCAGCUCUUCGACAUCCACAAAUUCAGAGGAAUCGAACGACAUCGAUCAAUCAUCACCACCAACAAUAACUCAAAAUCGAUUUCGAGACUGUACUGUGAUAAAUUCAAUUCACUCUCGAUCAUCAUCAAUAAACUGUGAUCUUUUAAACCAAAACUUGAAUGAGGAUAAGACAAUUACCGUGUCUGAAGAUAUAACAAAAGAUCAGAAGAAUCAUAACAAUUUUUGUACAAUGAGUAGCCAACAGACCGAGAAAGAAUUCAUUAUUUCCAACGAGGCAGACAGCAAUAAAAUUGACAAAGAUGAGAAAGAGUUGAUGAAAGCAUCACAAGAGAUUAACAGAAGCAAUCGAAAGCUUAUAAAGCAGACUUUUAACUCAAAUGUGCUGGAAAUUGAAACCGCUUGCGGUGUAAAUGCAGAUAAGGCUGUGAAUAAUGAUGAAGAUGAUUGGGACACAUUAUUCGAUGACAAUGGCGACUGUUUGGAUCCGAAAAUGGUCGAAGAAAUCACAAAAGCUGUAGGGAAAGUUCAAAUUCAGAAACCGAAAUCAGAUUAUAAAGCGUAUCACUCGAAUGUCGAUCUGUUAAGAGACGAAGAGUAUCCGCACGUAUUAGAAUGCUCGAAUUUCCCAGUCGAGUUUCGAACACAAGAUUUAAUGAAUUUAUUUGCGCCUUACACGAGAGAAUCUGGCUUUAAUAUAAUCUGGGUGGAUGAUACACAUUGCCUGGUUGUUUUUAGCAGUUCGAAAAUUGCUGCCGAAGUAUUAACUGCAAGUCAUCCGAUUGUAAAAGUCAAACCAUUAAAUGAAGGUACUCCAGAAUCACGUACUAAGGCUCGUAAAUCUUCUAGUUCCUUACAACCUUAUCGACAAAGACCCGAAACAUGUGCAGCACUUGCGAAACGACUAGUUAGUGGUGCACUUGGCGUACGAAUAAAAGCAACAAGUGAGGAAAGAGAAAAUGAAAGAAGAGUUCUCCGAGAAGCUAAAGAACGGAAAUUACUUGCUGCAAAAGCACGAGAGGAAAUGUGGAAUAAUUAAUUGCAAUAGAUGUAUAAAGUUGCCAUUAAUAUAACGUCCAUGAGAUGUAAAUUCUAUGAAUGUUAAAACAUUUUUGGGCGAAGAAAUAUCUUUUAAUUUCAAUUUAAAAAGAAACUGUGCAAAAUGUGGCUAUAAUAAGAUGUUAAAUAUAUUUUUUUUUAUUCACAAUGGUUUAUAACUUAAAUAUUUUAUGGAGAAAUAGAGGAAAGACGGAUAAAGAUGAUAAAUUUUGAAGUAAAAAAAGAUAUAUUUGAUUUCAUUC